AGAAGGGGCCAUCAAAUAUGUCCCGCUACUGUGACACACUCCGGUGCUGAACAUGCGUUUCGAACAGAGUUAAAGAGGAAGUAGAAAAAUGGUAGUAGUAUUUGCUAGAGCGCGCCAAAUACCAUGAACAAGCACUGCAUCUCCUUUUCACUUCUCAUAUUACGUCUACAAAUUUUCACUUCUCAUCGUCUAAAAAUUUCGAUCACUUCUCAUUAAUUGAAGCUGCAUUUAUUUUUCUGACAAGUUUAUAACCGAUAAUGCCGAUGCUCUAUCAUGAGUUAAAAGAAAUAUCAAAGAUUCAAAAGCUUCGCAGAGUCGUUUCUUACACUGGUUUCUAUUGCUUUGUUGCUGUCAUGAGCUAUGCUUAUACAACCAAUACAACUAGAGCUGGAUAUUCUAGAGGUGACCAAUUCUAUGCAGCUUAUCCUGCUGGGACUGAGCUUUUAACUGACGCCACCAAGCUAUAUAAAGCUGCACUUGGAAAUUGCUUUGAAUCAGAGGAGUGGGGUCCAAUUGAGUACUCCAUCAUGGCCAAGCACUUUGAACGCCAGGGGAAAUCGCCAUAUGCAUAUCAUGCAGUAAGUUUCACAAUGCUGCAAUAUAUGGCACACCUCCUUUCUCACGGACAGCUUCAUGGAAAUGGCUAGCGUAGAAAUACUACAACACCUCCUGAAUGAGUGAAGUUUCAACAGUAAAUAUGUAGAACUAAAACCAUUGCAAUAUUUAGUUUGUUGAAUGAAGAGAAGACCAUUGGAAUUUCUGUCUUGGGAUGCCAGGAACGCGUUCCAAUUUUAUUUAUUUUUUGAAAUGGAGCAGCAGCAGAGUUGCUCAUUGGGUCCAUAUUGUAUUUGUUCUGUGUCACAUCCUGAAUCAAGUGGCUUUUUUUUUUUCAAUAGAAGUUUCAUCUGGUCUUUUCAUUCUUGAAAGCUAGUACUUUGUCACUAAUAUGCAAGUAGAUACCAGUGUUCUCCCCUUACUUCUUGGGGUGAGGGAAAACAGAUCUUGUAUUCAUUCACAAAGUUUGUGGGAAAUGAAUUUACUAUCCUUCUGUUUUCAUCA